CCAAGUCAUUGACUUUUUAGUCCUUUUCCAAUCCCAUCAAUCCAAACCAUUUCCUCUGCUCUCUCUCUCUCGUGCGCAUAUUAUUAAAUGAGAUGCAAGCGUAGAACGCACCACAUCAUCAAGAGCUGAUGACCAUGGACAGAGCGCAGCCAAGCUCGGACUCCCCAACCAGAGAGCCGAAAUCACCCGUGGUGCUCUCUAUCGAGUGCCUCAAAGGCAGCUCCAAGGCGGACGAGUGGACCGGCGACAUGCUCCAAACUGGAGAUAUCGUCGAGGAGCUUCGUAUUGGAAGCUCCAUGACCGUCAAGUCGCCGUUUAAGAACGGAAGGAGCGGUGUCCAGAAGAUCCUCCACGCCUCCUUCAAGGCCAAGGACACCUCCAUUCUCGUCCGUAUCCGACGCGGACGAGAUGAGUUCGCCGAGUUGCAGGCUUGUAUAGUCCCCAAUGACUCAGUGGGCGGUAGGACCAAGCAGUACAUGCUCAGGUCCAUUGCGGACCCUAACUACACUGUCGGCUUCUGCGAUCGGACGGAAGCCGACUGCUUCGAGAUCCAAGCUUCAAGGAACUCGCGGAUGGUGAGUGCACUGACCAGGUCUAAGCUUCAAGAUGGGUAUGUGUCAUAUCCAUGGGAAAGGAGAAUGCAGGAAUUGCUACCAGUUCCCUACUCUAGUAGCUUUCUAUCUGUACUUUUCCUUCCAAAGGCUUCAGAUCGAUCUGCUUCUCGCUACAAUGACUUAGAGGACACCCUUGCUAGGGCAAAUGUCUGGCUGAAUGCCUCCCAGGCUGCCGGUGUCCCCGUUGUCUUCAUGAACAUCCAGACUGAGUCCUUGCUCACCAAGAUUUCUGGAGAGACAGCUUCUUCGACUGUAAAUGCGGGGUCAUUGUCUGACUUGGCUGAUCUUGCAAGUGCUAGCUUAUAUGGUUUUGAGGACUACCAUGGAGUUGACAUUGGUGUUGUCCGAGCAGUUCGCCUUUGGUUUGCUCCUCUUGGUGGUGAAAUUGCAGUUGAGAUCAAAUUACAAGAAGAUGAUGUCAAGCUUGGCUUUGCGAUUAGCCGCACAGAAGAGGGGUUUAUUUACAUUUCAUCAGUGGUUGAUGGUGAUGAAAAUGCACCUUCAACUCGAUCGGGGCUAAGCAACUUGUACAAGGAAGCAAUGGAUGCAUCAAGGUUGCUGGUGGUCUCAAGGGUUUCAAACCAGAAGGUUCUCCCAUGGAUGGUUUCCUCAACUGGAGCAAUUCGAUGCUUCGACACCAUUUCGCUCAGCCAGAAGCUAUCACUUCACCGUCACGCCAAGAUUCCAAUUUCCCUUCACGUGUUCAUCUGGGAUCGAGCAGUCGUUUCUUCAAGCGGAGGCCAAACUAGGUUUAGGAGCAGUAUCUCCCCACCAACAAUUAUGCCAUUGCCACCUGAGGUUCAAUUGGCUCGACAUCCGAAUGAGAACCAAGUACAACCACUGCCACUAGAAGUGUUCGACGAGAGUAGUAGCGAAGGUGUGACUGAGAGAUUAUCAGAGGUCAGGCUUGAGAGAGAUACAGCUGGAGAGUCCUCUUUUAGAUUCCAUGAUUUUGCACUUUCAAGCAAUUGGGUAUGAUUAUGUGUUCUUUUGGUUCUUCAUUUGUAAUGCUGCUUUCAUGUCAACUCGAAUCCCUGGUGUAUACUCCAAAAAGGUACAACGCCCUUCUCGCGAUAAAGCGGUUUGCAGCUCGAGCUCGGAUUCUACGAUCCGGGCGAUUCUGGCAACAUUCAGAGAAGGGGAGUCCCCCAUCCUCUCUUUGUUUUUAUAUCGUUAUGCACAGAGGUCUUGCAAAAUUGCAAAUAGGCAUUGUUUAGCUAAAUUUAAUACAGAGUAUACGAGAGAGAGAUAUAGAACUAUUUCACACAGCAGGAUUUGAUCGCUUUCACUUACACACCUUUCUGAAUAAAUGGUUUUGCUUAUAAGUUCA